GAGGGCAUACACCGUGAACUCUCCGUCCAAGUAAUUUAAAAUUCCCCACUCUCCCUAACGGCUCUCUCUGCACCACUUUCUCAGUCAUUCCUUUUCCUUUAUUUUUCCCAUAUUUUCUCUUUGUAUGUUUAGUAAAUGCGGAGAACCAGAAGAUCGCCGAAGGAAGUAAAACUUGCAGUCAAGCCUCCUCAAAUGGCUAAUCUAUAAUCCCAAAACUAAAGAUCUAAUUUAAGAAGAGGUUUUCAGGAAAAAAAAGAAAAGAAAAAAGAAAGGGCAAUGGAGAAGGUUUAUGAAGAGCUAGAGAAAGUCAAAUUUGAGAACGAGAAGCUAAGGUCAGAUUUAAAAAGCAAAGCUGAAUUGUAUGAGCACUUGAAGAAGUUCCAGAAUGAGCAGUCAACAAAGCUCCACGAAGCGAGUUCAAAAAUCGAGAAGCAGGCGCAACAACUUCUUGAAAAAGAGGAAGAAAUCUCAGUGGUGACUCGAGCUAAUGAAGAUCUUAAAUGCAAUCUGAAAGAGAAAGAAUCUAUCAUCAAGCAUUUGAAUGCUGCCAAUGAUAAGCUGAGAGCCGAGCGUGAUGGGAAGAAUCAGAAAUGGGAGCAGGAAAAUGGAAGGUUGGUAUUGGCUUUAGAUGAGGCGAAUGAGAAGAGUAUAGAUCUAGAGAAAAAAAUGGACAUGCUUAAGGCAGAGAUUGAAAGCCUCAAAGCUCAAUUGUCGGUUUCGCAGAAGAAGCAUUCAGAAGCAGAGAAAAAGGCCAAAAAUCAGAAGGACCUGAGAGAAAGAGAUGAUUUGCUGGUCAAAGUAGAGGAAGACAUGAAGAAGGUUGAACAUCAGCUAAAAUGGAAGAAGGAGCAGUUUAAACACCUAGAAGAAGCACAUGACAGGCUCCGAAAUCAGUUCAAGGAGAGUGAGAAAGAGUGGGAGAAAGAAAAAUGUACUCUGUUCGAUGAGAUUUCUUCGCUGCAGACAAGACUAGAUUCUCAGAUCCGAAUUACAGGAGAUCUCCAAAGCCGGUUGCAGAUGUGCAACCAAUCCCUGGCUCAUGAAGAGACCCGAAGAAAGUACCUGGAAGUUGAAAUUUCAGAGUUCAAAACACGCUUUGAAAAGUCUUUUGCUGAAUGCCAGGAUGCAAAGUCUCAACUGGAGUGUUUGAAUUCUCAGAGGGACAAAGAAGUUGCAACUCUGAGACAUGUGUUGGGCACAAAGGAGUCCUUCUAUAAAGAAAUGGAAUAUCGAGCGGGGAAACUAGAGGAAGAAAAUCAGGAGUUGUUGGCUUCUUUAAAAGAACUCCAGGAAGCUAGAAUUCAAGAAGCUGGAAACUCCUCUUCUCUUUCAAAACUGAAAAACAAGCUCAAAAGUGUGGAGCAGAUGCACAAGGAUUGUUCAUCGAAUCUCAGGACUAAAGAAGCUGAAUGGAAUUCUCAACGGGAGGAAAUGAUGAAGAAAUUAAAUGAUUACAGCUCUCAGUUAAAGACUAAAGAUGCUGCACUUAACGUGCUUGAGACGGAACUUGAAAGUUGCCUUUCUUCAGCCGUUCAAUUGAAAUUGCAGAAUGAGGAGAUUUCCAUAAUGAUGGUACUAUUGAAGUCGGGGAUGUUUGAGGCCCAACUGAAACUUGCAAAUGCUGAGGCUGAGCUUGGUCUCCAUCAGAAAGAGGGGGUGGAGAAUCUUUCUAUUCUGAGGCAGCAACUGGAGGUGAAAAAUACUGCUCUGGCCAAUGCUCAGAGAGACAUUACCGAAGAACGUGAGAGGACAGCAAUUUUAUCCAGGAAGGUUGAUAACUUAGCUCAACUCGAGGAUAAGCAUCAGCUGAUGGAGAAAGAGGUCAAUACAUGCAAAACAAUUCUCGAGGAAUCAUCCAAAUGUCAACUUUGGUUGAAAGAGCAAGCUUUACAGAUGGAGACUGAUUCAAAAGAAAAAAUCAGAGAAGUCUGUGAUGCUUUAGAUGUGGCAAAUUCUCAACUGGCAGAAGAACAGGAGAAGGUAGCAUCUUUGUUAAGCAGAGUUGAAUCAUUGGAUCUUAUUGAAGGACAGCGAUUCCUGAUGCAGAAAGAGCUUAAGAGGUAUAAAGAAAGGCUUGAGGAGGCAUCUAGGUGUCAAAUACACUUGGAAGAGCAAGCUUUGCAGAGGGAAACUGAAUCCAAAGAGAAGCUUAGCAAAGUUUGCAAUGCGCUUGAAGCAGCAAAAUCUGAAUUGAGUAAAGAACGAGAGAGAGCAGUGUCUUUGACGAAAAGGGUUGAAUCUUUGGAUCUUAUUGAAGGACAGCGAUUCCUGAUGCAGAAAGAGCUUGAGAGGUAUAAAGAAAGGCUUGAGGAGGCAUCUAGGUAUCAAAUACACUUGGAAGAGCAAGCUUUGCAGAGGGAAGCUGAAUCCAAAGAGAAGCUUAGCGAAGUUUGCAAUGCGCUUGAAGCAGCAAAAUCUGAAUUGAGUAAAGAACGAGAGAGGGCAGUGUCUUUGAUGGAAAGGGUUGAAUCUUUGGAUCUUAUUGAAGGACAGCGAUUCCUGAUGCAGAAAGAGCUUGAGAGGUAUAAAGAAAGGCUUGAGGAGGCAUCUAGGUGUCAAAUACACUUGGAAGAGCAAGCUUUGCAGAGGGAAGCUGAAUCCAAAGAGAAGCUUAGCGAAGUUUGCAAUGCGCUUGAAGCAGCAAAAUCUGAAUUGAGUAAAGAACGAGAGAGGGCAGUGUCUUUGACAGAAAGGGUUGAAUCUUUGGAUCACCUUGAAGAGCAGUGGCUCCAGAAACAGGAUGAGGUUGAGAGAUACAAGAAAAUGCUUGAGGAAGCAUGUAGGAGUCAAAGUCAGUUAGAAGAGCAAGUUGGGCAUAUGAAAAAGGAAUUUGGAGAGAAACUUGAAGCAGCUUUUGAUGCUUUAGAAACUGUGAAAUCUGAAUUGGCUAAAGAACGUGAGAGGACAGCUUCUUUAAUGAAGAGGGUUGAACAGUGGGCUCUGAGGCAGAAAGACCUUGACAAGUACAAGGAGAGGUUCGAGGAGUCAUUUAGGUGCCAACUUCAACUAGAAGAGAAAAUUUCUCAGAUUGAAAGGGACUCGGAAAGGAAACUGACAGAAGCUUGCAAUGCUCUGGAGAAAGCAAAUUCUGAAUUGGUUGAGAAAGUUUGUAAAGGACAUGAAAUUGAAUUUGAGUCAUGGAUAUGGAAAUCUAUUUCUGAGAGAUUAAAAGUUGACCUUGAAGAAAGUCGGGAAUUGCGUAAACAACUAGAAGCUUCUCUUCUUGCGCAAGUAGGGGUUGGACAAGGUAUCAAGAAAGAGAAAGAUGACCUUAUCCGUUUAACCAAAGAGAAAGAUCAGGAAAUUUUAAGCCUCCAACAGCAUAUGGUGACACUUGAGCAAGAGCUCCAAGCAAGAGAGUUAAGAGCAGUAAGUUCUGCAGAGGACAGCAUUCUUCAAAUCACAAGAGAACACGACAAGGUCUUGGAGGAUCUUCGGAGAGAGAUUGACUUGCUGGAAGAAGAAUCACUCAGAAGGGAACUAGAAGGUGCUGCAUAUGCUCAUAUUGGUGCAGAGAGAAGUUUCGUGCGUGAGAAGGAGAACAUUUUGCAGCUUGUAAAAGAGAAAGAUGAGAGAAUUGAUGGUCUCAUGCAGGUUGUAAGGUCAAUGGAAGAGGAUUUUAAUGGCUCAUUGAAUUCCUUUUCCUCAGAGCUUACUGAGAAGCAGGAACAUAUUAAACUGGUCCAUGAAGCUUGGGAGAAGAUUGCCAGUGCUGAGAUUCUGGCUAAGCUCGAAAUCGAAGAGAAAAAGUUGAUGAUUGCGGAGUUGGAGGAUGACAUUCACUAUAUACAGGAGAAACUGUUUUCACAACAAAAAUCCCUGUCUGAUUCAAAGCAAUUAGCAUUAACUAUAGAAGCUGAAUUGGAAGCAAAGCAUUUGGAAAUGAAGAACUUGACUGAUCAAAUGGAGGAAAGGCUGAGAACAUCAGAGGCUUCUGUUGAUGAGCUUAGGACUGAAAAGGCAAAUCUUCUCGAAGACAUAAUGAAGUUGUCUACAGAGAAAGACAAUUUGGUUGGCUUUAUUGGAGGCCUAAACGAUAGCCUCGGUGAGUUCUCCAGUGAAGAUGCUCAACUGAUGGGAAUCUUGGGAAGGAUAGUGCAGUCUUUUGACCUCUCGGACUCAAAAGGUAGUAAUGAACUUUAUGACUGUCUGAAAGAGAAUAAGAGGAGUCUUCCAGCUUCUCCAGCAACCAAAAAAACCAGCUCCAUCUUCGAAGAAAGGUCACCAUUUAGACAGCUCAACUAACCACGACUUAUGAAAGAAGCUAUUACUAAUAGCUUGUGUGUGAUUGAUGGUUUUCUUUUCUUGUUUUAUCCCUUCCAUUAACAAAGUAUCUAGAACAGUCCAUGAAGUUUAAAGCAUGGAUCAUUUCUCUUUUUCAGCUUUGUACUGUAGCUGCCACACAUGAUUGUUUCAUUUUGAAGAUUCGGUUUCUUUGUACUCUAUUUCUAUGGAAAUGGGUAAUUGUUGUUGCUUAA